ACGAUAAAUCUACAACGAUACAUCCGGACGUGUUUUUUUCGAGCUGCGGAUUUAUUUCUACCUGAUUUAUUUAAACAUUAAGAAACAUUUAAACAGUUAAACGAGUGCUCGAUGGACUUGGCGCCGUGCGCAUAAUUGUCAUAAUUAACUAUAAUCGUUAUCAGUGAAUACCGUUGCAGUUGCAUAACUUGUCAUUGCCAAAAAAAAAGCAGCUGAAUUGCAGAAGAAUUUGCACCGCUGAAAGUUCUUUUGGACCUGGUGAAAUAAUUAAGAAAAGUUUAAACCAAUACCAAUACAAAUCCAUUGGGAUAAGCCCCGGUCGGGCCCCCCGGCCCACGCCAGCUUUUUGGGCCCCUUGUCCACCUACGCGCUGCGUCGCGUCGUCGUGCCUUCAAAAGUAGUUUUUUGUGCUGCCUAUUUUUGUAAAUCUCAAGUGCGCGUUAAUUAGUGGCUAUUUAAUCAAUCACUGAUUGAAUAUUAAGUGACGGAAGAGCGUGAGCAUGGCUCAAAACAAGGCAGAUACUUUCAUUCAUUUGAUUGCCGGCGGAUCCGCUGGCACCGUUGGAGCCGUGGUAACAUGCCCCCUGGAGGUGGUCAAGACGCGUCUGCAAAGCUCGACGGCAUUCAUGACGCCAUCCUCGAGGCUCGUGGAGCCAACGGGGAGUGGACCGGCCAAUGGCGGCCCCUCUGAGCUGUUGAGGCCGGAACAACGACGUAAGCUAAGCACAACGAUAUUACGUAACAGAUCACAGCCACAGGUGAUUGGGGGUGUGCGUAGGAUUAUGGCCAUUUCCCAUUGCGGCAUCUCAUCGACAACCCCCAAAUCCAUGAGCAUCAUCCAGUGUCUGCGACACAUUGUCCAGAACGAGGGUCCACGUGCCCUGUUCAAAGGUCUUGGUCCGAAUCUCGUAGGCGUUGCGCCCUCUCGUGCCAUUUACUUUUGCACCUACUCACAGACCAAGAACUCGCUCAACAGUUUGGGUUUCGUUGAACGUGACUCCCCGCUGGUGCACAUCAUGAGUGCGGCCAGUGCUGGCUUUGUCUCAUCCACGGCCACUAAUCCCAUUUGGUUUGUGAAGACCCGCAUGCAACUGGACCACAACUCCAAGGUGCAAAUGACAGUGCGGCAGUGCAUCGAGCGUGUGUAUGCCCAGGGCGGUAUUGCGGCCUUCUACAAGGGCAUCACGGCCAGCUACUUUGGCAUCUGCGAGACCAUGGUGCACUUUGUCAUCUACGAGUUCAUCAAAUCCAAAUUGUUGGAGCAACGCAAUCAGAGGCAAACAGACACCAAGGGCUCGCGGGACUUUUUGGAGUUCAUGAUGGCCGGUGCCGUCUCGAAGACAAUCGCCUCCUGCAUUGCGUAUCCGCACGAGGUGGCACGUACUCGGCUGCGCGAGGAGGGCAACAAGUACAAUUCCUUCUGGCAGACACUGCAUACGGUGUGGAAGGAGGAGGGCAGACCUGGACUGUAUAGAGGCUUGGCCACGCAGCUGGUCAGACAGAUUCCGAACACGGCAAUCAUGAUGGCCACCUAUGAGGCGGUUGUCUAUGUGCUGACGCGUCGCUUCAACAACAAAUCGAACGAGUUUUACGAUUUUUAGAGGAGAGAAAGCACCCCCCAAGCACUCACUCCCAGGAGCGAUAGACGGAUGGAUAGUUAACAGUGAAGAAGGAGAAAGAGAUGGAGAAGGAGAAAAAGAGAAACCCAAUCUGUGCAUAUGUAGACGCGACUGCUGCAACUUAAUUGUAAUUGUAAUCCUUUUUCUAGACGAUCGAAACCAACGAGCGCAAAUUUUUUAGUUAACUAGCUUUUAAGGCAAAUCCAAAACAGAAAAGAGAAAACAAAAUGAAAAUGAAAAUGAAAACGAACUCGAGAGACUUGAAAGAGACGUUGACGUUGAACGUUGGCCAACGCAAAACACGCACCACGUACACUACACCACGAUUUCCAUAACACAAUUUAUUUGCUAUUUGCUAUAUAAUUGCGAUAGAGUCAAGUAAAAUCUGCAGUAUAUGGAGGCCAAAAAAAGCAACGACUUAGGCUCGAUGGGAUUCGGCAAAAAUGUUAUCAAAAUUUAAAAAGGCUGCUAUUUAGUUAAAGAUACAAUAUAUGUAUGUAUAGAACGUGGUUGAUAUUUUGAUAUAAAUGUAAAUAGAGAGAGGGUAGGGUUGCGGUCAGAGUUUAUUGUAAAUAGAUGAGGCGUUUCGUUGGCCCCCCGCCAUUUAGUUUGUUUAGCUUGUAAGCACAAAGUGUUGGAUAAGCAAGUCGCCAUAUAUAUAUGAAUAUAUAUAUAUAUAUGUAUAUAUUUAUGUAGUAAAGAUCCAACCGAUACGAUCUGCACUGCGCUGAAUAUACAUACGAGUAAACAUACGUAAUUGUAACCAUAACCGUUUUCUGUUAAGUUUCAAAUGCGAUAUACACUUUAGUUACUAUUACUAUUAUUAUCGAUACGUUGCUGUUUAUUUAGUCCAUUAAUUAGCUAGAUAUAGUGUCCCUAAGCGUAUUUCAUUGAUAACGAGCAAAGAACGAAGAAAACUACUGUGAAUAAAUUGAUUGCAAUCUGAUUUGAUGGUGAUCA